GCCUCGAAUGUUAGUGAAAUUCGGUCGUUGGGACGGGGAUAUAAUUGCGUCUCGAACCAAGCGACCGCCGGACUCCUUGUUCUGGUAAAGCUACGGGCAUGAAAACAAACCCUACGAAGUUCGGAAGUGAUCUACGGCAGCGCUGUUUUGUAGCAAACUGCCGCGCAUUUCCGGCACUCAAAAGAUAUGUGCUUUUCUCUUGGUGCAUUUGAGCCUGUACUGGUCCCAGGCCCAGCAGGCUCCAGGAGAUGAGGACGAUCGAUGUACAGUUAAUCAUAAAAACCCUCCACAAUACCCCGACACUGUGAGGAAUCUGAUGGACAGUUACAACUAUGAGAACCUCUUACCUGGAAAUGGAACUGGGAACAAUCCCAUAGCUACUGCAGUCUGGAAUGACUUCAGUUUUGAUGGAAAUGAUCUCAUUCCUGAAACACUGACCCCAACUUAUUGGCAACAAGGAGCUGGAGGAAUAUGUCGAUUUCAGACACGAGUUUGUGGAUGGAGGCAGAAUGGUGUCGUAGUUUCUCAGAAUAACUGGCUCUUUACUCAACACAUCAGUUCAGAUUUUGACUCCAACAUUUACAACUAUGAUGUGACAAUACAUGUAGAAGCAAUUUACUCAUUUCAGAGUUGUAGAGAAGGGCAAGGUUGUUUACAAAGAUUCAAUCUUCUCCACUACAUGACUAACUCACAACAGCUCCCCAGUACAAGUGGAAAUGGAUGCAUGAAUACCCAAAACUAUGAAAAUUUUGCAGUACCAGAAGGACCGACUUCCUCAGAGACAUACACCAAUACCUACAGUUUCACUCUGCCACCAUCUUCCACUGGUUUCUACAUAGCUGUCCAGGACAUUGGGUCAUGUAUAGCUCUAUCAAGACUGAGAGUCUAUCGCAACAACUGCAAGUCUCGUCAGGUUGGACUGGUCCUCUAUCCUGAUGCUCCUGCUCCAGUGUCUGGCUCAGCAAAUAUUGAUACAGUUGUGUUGAGAAUGCAGUGGUCUCUGGAAGCUCAAGAGUCACAUGUGGCAGUGAUGAAACGUGGGGUUUUCAAAAUCCUGUGUGUCGGUGUAAUUGUGGCUAUGAGCAAAAUAUGGGGGCUACAAGGUGCAAUGGUAAGGAUAACUGUAAGAUGGUCAGCACCUGCUGAUCUUGGUGGGAGGACAGAUCUCUACUACCAAGUGAACAGGAGUGAUCAUGAAGACCCCACAUCAUACACUUUCACAGACUUUGUCAGUGGAACAACUACAAGCUAUACAUUCUGUAGUCUCAGACCAAACACUCAGUACUGUGUCAGAGUGACAUCCCACAUUGGAGUCAGUGAUCAGGACCCUGAUGGAGAACGCCUCAGGACUGAAGGGGAGUGUACUACAAGAACCUCCCCAAAUUUUUUGGGGGUUUCCACUGAAGGUCCAGGAGUGGUGAGUGGAGUUCAGGGGACGUAUCCCUAUGUGGUGUGGAACCCCCCAGAGGAGCCAAAUGGAGUCAUCACAGGCUACAGACUGGUGUUCACUAGGUCAGGGACCUCCACUACGAGGACUGUCACCACCACUAAUGAUCAGACCUUCUACAUCAUCCAAUCAUCUGAUGUCCCCUGGACCUCCGGAGAGUUCAGAGUAACUGUCGCAGCUGGGAACAGUGUCGGUUUCGGGACUCAGUCGUCAACUUUCGCGCUGACAAUUGGUGAUUCUACACGCCCACCACCUCCGCCACCCAACUGUCCAGUGUGCCCAGCACAAAGUGUGGGUCUAGUGCGAUACCCUGCCACACUUGCCUCUACAAGUGGACCAGUGACUGUCACUACACAGUGUGCUGACAAUGCUCACGUCAGAACUGGCUCUAGUCUGAGUGUCAGGUGUAGCUCUACUGGUAGCUGGACUGGAAUGUGAUACUGGAUAUCGUGCAGUCACUGUUAGUGGGAGGCAGAUUUGUCAAAGUGUUAAUACAUGCCCAGCUAGAAAUGUUGGUCUAGUUCGCUAUCCUACUACACUAGCUCCAGCCAGUGGAUCAGUGACUGUCACUACACAGUGUGCCGACAAUGCUCACGUCAGAACUGGCUCUAGUCUGAGUGUCAGGUGUAGCUCUAGUGGUAGCUGGUCUGGUACAACUCCUCAGUGUGAAUGUGAUACUGGAUAUCGUGCAGUCACUGUUAGUGGGAGGCAGAUUUGUCAAACUGAAAGGUUAAGAUGUCCAGAUUUGCAGAAUCCUGCAGACGGCUCUGUUACUUAUGAUAGCUUAGAUGCUGGUUCACGGGCAGUGUACACGUGCUCCCAAGGAUUCAGACUAGUUGGAGGCGAUGGUGUCAGAACCUGUGGGAGUAAUGGGACAUGGAGUGGACAGCCACCUCUCUGCAGUAGCGAGGUGUGUACUGUUGAACUGGUGGGUGACAUUGAUGUGGAUGGGGCUUCAGCUACAUUUAUGUUCCGUGACGUGGGCUCUGCCAUUGCUGGAUACACCUGCAAACUCGAUGGAACAGUCCUACCGAACUGUUCCAAUCCUCUGACUGGUCUAAGGCCCAGAGUCCACACCGCCUGAGAGUAGUUCCUAAAGGAUGUCAGACCAAUAAAGGAGCAACCUUCCGCUUUCAAGUCUGACGUAAUUAUUGACUCUAGGCAUAGAGCUCCAAACAUGUGAAUUCUGAUUAAAAACUUGAGUUUGUCAUUGUGAUGCUAGUUAUAGUUAGCAUUUUGCUGUUAGUUUUAGUUAUAAUGUAUAAUAUAUAUAAUGUAGUUAUCGAAAUCAUUUCCUAAGCGUG